AAAAGUCCCAGCACACAGCAUUCAAUGGAGAUCAAGUGAAGGGGGGUUCGAGUUAUUCUCGCCGUUGCCACUGUCUUCCAGCGAGCAGAUUCACACUACUAGCCAGUCAUCUCCAAUGCAGGCAUAUAAUCAGGCUAUCAAUGAUUUGGACAAGGAACUUGACUUUUUAAAGAAUGCAUUUGAGAACAAUCCACGCAUAAAAUCUGCCACAGACAGAUACAGGCUGAGCAACCAAAAGCCUCCUGUGAAAGACAGAAUAGAAGAAUUCCCAGCAGAUUUGUAUAGACCGAGAUUGCCCUUUCAGACCUUGCCUUUUAGCAGACCUUGCCUUUACCUAUAUGCUGCUAUAUUGGCUAUCUUUCUCCGUUUACCCAAGCUCGAACUGGAUUUUGCAAUCUCUAAAGCUGGAAAAUAUGGGAUUAAGCUAAUUUUGAGCUUGGUGAAUAACUACAAAAAUUUGGGAGGAAGGACACAGUAUGUGGACUGGGCAAGAAGUCAGGGGCAGUACUUAUCUUCUGAUGAGGAUUUCUUAACAAACUCUGUGGCUUGCAUUACAGAAUUGGCUCCUUACUUGAAAUCUAUAGAUGGUAAUCACUUACUAGAACCUGGUUUGGAAGGAUUUUAUGGAAAAUUAGAAUCUCAGAAGCAGCAAUAUAAUCCAAACUUUCAAGUUGGAACCGAUUUCGGAGCAAAUAAUCAGAUUACAGGCAUUGAUUUUGCUAUAGUAUGCUUUGGGUUAAGCUUUCGAUUAUACAAGCAUUGAUAUAUGAGUUACUACUUGAUACAUUCAUAUCACAUGAGUUAUUUAAUGACUUCUGUGCAAUCACUUUAUGUUUAAC